AUGCCUGUCACUACCCGUCUAACACGGGCAAAGGCCGCCGGUCUGUCCAGCACCGAUGACACUACCUCAGUCGCGAAGAAGCCUCUGCAAACCAAGAAAUCCGCAGGGGGAACACUGAAUGGAGCCACGAGACGCCGCGCGCUAGGAGACGUGACCAAUGCCGCAAAAGGUGUGGAAGUUGUUUUGGACGGAAAGAAGGCCACGGCAAGCAAAGUUGGGCUGCAGUCCAAGGUCGCUCAACCAGCUGCCGGUGGCGUCCAAAAGCUCUCUCGUACCAACUCCUCGAGAGCCGCCCUCGGAGUCAAGGACAACAAUCUCAAACCCAAGGUCUCUUCAGGGGAAAUAAAGAAACCAGGAAGUGGCUCAGGUGUCCUCGGUAAUACUGGCAAAAGACGGACGCAAGCUUCCACAUCCACUGCGCCUUCUUCGAAAGAUGUUACUCCAGACGUCGAUGAACCUCCUCGCAAGAAGUCAUGCACGGAGGAAGCCGUCGAAGAAGCCCAAGCUCAGACCGAGGAUAUCACCGAUAUUGUUGCUGAACUGGAUGCGGAAGACUUGGAUGACCCGUCGAUGUGCGCCGAAUACGUCCGCGAGAUCUUCGAAUACUACUUCGCCCUGGAACAUACCACACAGCCCAACCCGAACUACAUGGAUCACCAAGACGACCUUGAGUGGAAGAUGAGAGGCAUCCUCGUCGAUUGGUUGAUUGAAGUGCACACUCGCUUUAGGCUUCUGCCCGAAACGUUGUUCCUGGCUGUCAACAUCGUCGAUCGCUUUCUCUCUCAAAAAGUUGUCCCUCUCGACAAACUCCAGCUCGUGGGCAUUACCGCCAUGUUCAUCGCCUCCAAAUAUGAAGAGGUCCUUUCUCCUCACGUUGGCAACUUUGUCCACGUCGCCGACGAUGGCUUCACAAUUGAAGAGGUUCUCAGUGCUGAGAGGUACACCUUGUCAACUCUCAAAUAUGAUCUUAGCUAUCCCAACCCGAUGAACUUCCUGAGACGGAUUUCAAAGGCCGACAACUAUGACAUUCAGACUCGCACACUCGCAAAGUACCUGAUGGAAAUCAGUCUCGUGGACCACCGAUUCCUGGAAUACAAGCAGAGCCAUGUUGCUGCCGCCGCCAUGUACCUUGCUCGCAUGAUACUUGAGCGUGGUGGAUGGGAUGCGACGUUGACCAAGUUCGCGGGCUAUAACGAGGAUGAGAUUCUUCCCGUCUUCGACCUCAUGAUCAGUUAUCUAGAAGCUCCAGUUUCGCAUGAGGCCCUGUUCAAGAAGUACGCGUCGAAGAAGUUCCUCAAGGCAUCAAUCUUGGCCAGGAAAUGGGCUAAGGACUAUGGGAUAAGCCGCCGAACCGCUGGCUUCACCAUCCCUAGUGCCAAGGUUGCACAAUAG